AUGCUCAUGGUGAAGCCUUGCAGGGCCGAGACGAAAGUCCAUAGGAAGCCCGCUUCCGCGACUGGGGCGGCGGCCACGAGGGCGGCCGAGGCGAAGAAGGCCGCUGAGAUGAAGAAGGCGGCGCUUGACCCCGUGGACAUGGCGUUGUCUCAGGGGCGGACCACCGCUGCGGGUAAGACCGCUGGGGCGACCGCCAGUUCGAAGGGUCCUGUCGCCGGGGGCGCGGCCUCGGCGAGCGGGAGCGGCGCUGGAGCCGCUAGGUCGGACGCCGUUCCGGUGAACGCCGGAGCCGCAAGGGCGGAUGCCGGGUCGGAGAAGGCCCAAGGCGCGGGGGACGAACAUCAGGUCGUCCCUCCUCAAACGGAAGGGGAGCGGGCUGCCGCCGAAGGAGCGGUCUCCCCAGCGAAGACAAGGGAACAGCGCAUGAAAGCGGUGCGGGAUCCCGCUCGACCCACCGAGCGCGACGAGCCAGCGGAGGAAGCGCCAUCGGCGGCGGCAGUUGUGCGCGGGGACGGCACGCCUGAGCCUCACCAGUUGCCGCUGCUGUCCUUUUCGUUUGUCGAGCUGCACGUGGCGCUUGGCGGCGUCCAUACGGCGGAGGUGAAGCGACUGACGGCGCAGCUGGAGGAGGCCGCGAAGAAGAACCGUCAGCUGAUCGCCAUCGGUACAGAGGCGCGUGAGAAGGCGCUCGCCGAGGCGCGUCAUGGGUAUGUCAAGGAAUCUCUCUACCGAGAGGCUGAUUUCCGGGCGACGGCGGCGGAGGCAUCGGCGAAGGAAGCGAAGUUGGAGGUCGCCAAAUUGACCAAGGUCCUUGAGCGCAAGGGCCAGGAGCUGGAAGACGUAAUCGCCGAGGACCAGGCGAAGCUGACGACCACGCAGCAGGACCAGGACAGUGCGCGAGCGGCGGCUGCGACGCUGCGGGAGGAGCUCGCGGUGCUGAAGCUACAUCAUGCCAAGGAGCUUGUCACGGAGAAGGAGGCGUCAUCGGCCACCAUCCUCGGCAUCCAGCAAGAGAAGACCAGGUUCGAGGCCUUCGUGCGGGAGAUGUCGCGACAGUUGCUUGGCACAUGCGACAUUGCGGAGACGGUGACCCCUCGCGACUGCCUGGAAACGGCGACCACGCGCAUUAUCAAGUGCGCGGGGGAUAUAUUGGCGGCAGUAUAUCAGCCCAAGUGA